ACCCAAUCGGUCAAACCAACUUGAAAAUCGGGAGCACUACCAUUAGAACAUUGAAAAUAAUGCACCGUCUUGAUCAAUUGAAAACGCUAUUAAGUGCACAGAACAAAGGGCCCAACGUAUAGGCAACUUACAUUGCACCUUGCCUUACUGCUGUUGUAUUCACCAUCAUAACAACAAACGAACAAUUUUAAAUAGUUUUCCGGCUUUUCUAGAUUUUUCAAUUAAAGAGAUAAAACUUUUCGGUUUUCACGUGCGCCUAGUUUCGCAUGAAAAAUGAGCCGCAGAAAGAAAAUAAGGGUUGAUUUAAAAGAUGAUAAAGAAGAGAAACCAACUUCUGUUACUGAUCAAGAAAUCCCCGAGGAAAAAUCCAAAACUUCUCCCAACGAGAAGAAAUCAUCUGCUAGUAGCAGUCGGACAGGGGCGAUGAAAAAAGACAAGAAAGAAGACAUAAAAAAAGAAAAGGAAGAUGACAAACAAGACAAUGAUUCCGAACUAGAAGAUCCCAUUAUAAAAGAUCUGUUUUCUGGACUUGAAGGGGCAGCAUUCCAAAGUAGAAUGCCUUUUGAUAAGUUGACUUCUCUUGAAGCUGCCUGUUUUCCAGAUAUUGCUAAUGCUGCAUUACAAACAGUAAAAGUGUAUUUGAACAUAAGAAACCGCAUUUUGAAAAUGUGGCUGGACAACCCUAAGCUGCAACUCAUUCUGGAUCAUGCUAUAGAAAACAUGGAGCCACCCUACAACAGUGACAUUCCCCUACUAAAAAGAAUCCACGCUUUCAUGGAAAGAAACGGCUUCAUUAAUUUUGGCAUAUUCAAAAGGCUACAGCCUAUUCCCAGCAAAAAAUAUGGCAAAGUCAUCGUUAUUGGGGCAGGUAUAGCGGGUCUAGCUGCUGCACAACAACUUCAACAAUUCGGACUUGAAGUUAUUGUUCUCGAAGCUAGAGACAGAGUCGGUGGUAGGAUUGCUACAUUUCGAAAAGGCAGCUAUAUUGCAGAUUUGGGUGCCAUGGUUGUCACAGGCUUAGGUGGUAAUCCUGUAACCACUCUAAGCAAGCAAAUUGAUAUGGAGUUGCAUAGAAUCAGACAAAAAUGUCCUCUUUAUCAAUCCUCUGGUGUUACAGUGGAUAAAGAUAAAGAUGAAAUGGUCGAAAGAGAAUUUAAUAGGCUUUUGGAAGCGACAUCUUAUUUGUCUCAUCAACUGGAUUUCAAUUAUGCUGGCAACAAACCAGUUAGCUUGGGGCAAGCCUUGGAAUGGGUGAUAAAGUUGCAAGAAAAGCAUGUGAAAGAAAAACAAAUACAGCAUUAUAAAUCUGUCAUUGACUUGCAGAAACAAUUAAAAACUGUGGAACACAAACUGAUUGAUGUAGAAGAAAAGAUGAAGCAGAUUAAUGUACAAGUCAAAGAAGUCAGCAAUAUUGAGCCUAAAAGAGAUCUGAAACAGGAAUUUACUUAUAGGAGUGGUAUCAGGGAUUUGAAUGUUCUAGCUAAGGAAUGGGAUCAAUUGAAAGUGGAAGAAAAAGAGGUUGAAGCCAAGUUGGCAGAACUGGAGGCUUCUCCUCCAAGUGAUGUGUAUCUAUCAUCAAGAGACCGUCAGAUUUUGGAUUGGCAUUUCGCAAAUCUGGAAUUUGCCAAUGCCACGCCGCUUUCGACUUUGUCACUGAAACAUUGGGACCAGGAUGACGACUUCGAGUUCACCGGGAAUCACUUAACAGGGCUGGCAAAUCAACUAUUAAUGCAGUGCUUACUCUGGUAUCCAGUAUCCAUGGAGCACUUAAUAAGUAUCGGAAGCCUCUGGCGACUGAAGAUGGCUCUACAAUAGGCCGAAAGCGCUCGGUUGAUAUUCAAUUUAAAUAAAUUUUACACCAUUACAAACUUUGCCUUUUCUUCAACUUUUCUGGUGUACAUCUAGACCCUCCUUCUCGAUUUUCGAUACAGUCUCACAUCAAAUACAGCUCUAGAUUUCGGUACUGUUUAUUUUGGCGGAUACCAUAUUAAUUAAAAAACUGUAUUUUUAUGGAUUUCGGGG